AUGAGGGGUACACCCCUGCUCCUCGUCUCUCUGUUCGUUCUGCUUCAGCGUGGGGACUGCCGCCUGGCUAACGCAGAGGAGAAGCUGAUGGAUGACCUCCUGAACAAAACCCGCUACAACAACCUGAUCCGCCCAGCCACCAGCACCUCUCAGCUCAUCUCCAUCCGCCUGGAGCUCUUACUGUCCCAGCUCAUCAGUGUGAAUGAGCGAGAACAGAUCAUGACCACCAACAUCUGGCUGAAACAGGAAUGGACUGACUACCGCCUGGCCUGGAACAGCUCCUGCUAUGAAGGCGUGAACAUUCUGAGGAUCCCCGCAAAGCGUGUCUGGUUGCCUGAUAUCGUGUUGUACAACAAUGCUGAUGGGAUCUAUGAGGUGUCUGUCUACACCAACGUCAUCGUGCGUUCCAAUGGUAGCAUCGAGUGGCUGCCUCCUGCUAUCUACAAGAGUGCCUGCAAGAUUGAGGUGAAACAGUUUCCCUUCGACCAGCAGAACUGCACCCUCAAGUUUCGCUCCUGGACCUAUGACCACACAGAGAUUGAUAUGGUUCUUAAAUCACCCACAGCCAUCAUGGAUGACUUUACCCCCAGUGGUGAAUGGGACAUUGUGGCCCUCCCAGGACGAAGGACAGUGAACCCGCAGGACCCCAGCUAUGUGGACGUGACCUAUGACUUCAUCAUCAAGCGCAAGCCGCUCUUCUACACCAUCAAUCUCAUCAUCCCGUGUGUGCUCAUCACCUCCCUGGCUAUCCUGGUCUUCUACCUGCCUUCCGACUGCGGGGAGAAGAUGACGCUCUGUAUCUCUGUACUGCUGGCGCUCACAUUCUUCCUGCUGCUCAUCUCCAAGAUCGUGCCUCCCACCUCCCUUGACAUUCCACUCAUUGGCAAGUACCUCUUGUUCACCAUGGUGCUGGUCACCUUUUCCAUCGUCACCACAGUGUGUGUUCUCAAUGUGCACCACCGCUCACCCAGCACUCACACCAUGGCAUCCUGGGUCAAGGAGUGCUUCCUGCAUAAGCUGCCCACCUUCCUCUUCAUGAAGCGCCCAGGUCUUGAAGUCAGCCCCGCCAGGGUCCCUCAACCCACCCGGCUGCACUUGACCACAAAUGAAGCUGCAGCCACCUCUGCCUUAGGCCCCACCAGCCCAUCCAACCUCUAUGGGAAUUGCAUGUACUUUGUGAACCCUGUCCCUGCUGCUCCUAAGUCUGCAGCCAGCUCCCACACCGCAGGCCUCUCCAGGGAUACCCGGCUGAGGUCCUCUGGGAGGUUCCGGCAGGAUCUACAGGAAGCAUUAGAGGGCGUCAGCUUCAUCGCCCACCAUCUGGAGAGUGAUGACCAAGAUCAGAGUGUCAUCGAGGACUGGAAAUUCGUCGCGAUGGUCGUUGACCGCCUGUUCCUGUGGGUGUUCGUGUUUGUGUGUAUUCUGGGCACCAUGGGGCUCUUCCUACCACCCCUCUUCCAGAUCCACGCACCCUCCAAGGGCCCCUAGGCU